CCAGUUCAUCCAUGCUCAAGUGAUACUGGUGUGUCUAUGACCGCUGCGAUGACAAAUUGUAAAAUUAUUAACUAAAAAUGUCGAUUCUGCUGUAAAUGUAGGGCUACAUUAAAUUCCUGGCUUUGGGAACUUUAUAAAAGUUUGUUAACAUCAUGGCUCGGGUUGUCAAAGUAUUUCGGACUCUUCGGAAUCACUGGAAGAAAUCCACAUUUGCUGUUUGUGUCUUGUCCUACGGGGGACACUGGCUGUAUGGAAAGUACUGCGAUAGUGUUCUGCGACGAGAAGCUUGUCUUGAGGCCAGGGAAUUUGGGCGUCAGCUAAUAGGGUCACAGGAGAGACUUAGGAAAGCAACUGUCAUCUUGAACCCUGCAGCUUGCGGUGGUAAAGCCAACAAUCUUUUUGAAAAGAAUGCUGCUCCCAUUUUACACCUGGCAGGUGUCGAAAUUACAAUUGUCAAGACAGACUAUGAAGGCCAGGCAAAAAAGCUGAUUGACCUAAUGGAGCAGACAGACAUGCUCAUUGUGGCCGGAGGCGAUGGCACCUUACAGGAAGUCAUCACAGGGUUACUGCGAAGGCCAGAUCAGGACAUAUUCAGUAACACACCUAUUGGAUUUAUUCCCCUGGGCUCUCAUAACUCUCUGAGUCCAAGUCUUCACCUCCUUAGUGACAACAAGGUCAAAAACAUUACAUCAGCAACACUGUCCAUUCUGAAAGGAGAAACGGUACCUCUGGAUGUGUUACAAAUCAAAGGGGAGAAAGAGCAACCAGUCUUUGCUCUAAUGGGGCUGCGUUGGGGAGCAUUUAGAGAUGUGGCUGCAACAAUCAGCAAAUAUUGGUACCUUGGUCCACUCAAAACAAACGCAGCACACUGGUUUAGAACAUUACAGGAGUGGCCAUUGGUCAGAGACAUCUCGAUAUCCUACUUGCCUCCCAGUCUUCGGCCUCCUGACGCACCCCCUCAGAAGCCCCCCAGGCCCAACCUGCUCUACCGCAUCGCACGCAGAUGGAAAAACUACUGGAAUCCACCUGUUGAAGAGCCUCCAAAAGUUGAAGAGCCAGAAAAGUGGGAAGAGCAGAAGCUGUCUACAUUUGAGCUGUUUGUUCAAACACACAACAAAAACCCUGUGAAGAGGCGCGUAGAGGACUCCUUGAUGAUCUGUGCAGAGCCGGAUGACUUCUCUGUCAGCGAGUUCAUUACUGUCGGAAACAAAAAGGAAGAAGAUCCAACUGUAUUUACUAAAAGCUCCACAAAACUAGAAGUCGGUGCCUGUAGGCUGCAGCUGCCAGAGGGUGCCGGUGGUUUCUACAACAUCGACAAUGAGGAGUAUGAAGCCAUGCCGGUAGAAGUAAGACUGUUGCCAAGGAAACUCCACUUUUUCAUCAGUGCAGAGCGCAGAGAUCAGCUCCUCUCACAGAUGCAGUGAUGAGAAGAGAACACAAGAAAGAGACAAGAACAGCAGGACAGAAACCGCUUUUUAAGCAAAGGAUCAGAUUCCACAAAACUCAGACUCCUCUUCGAAAAACAGAUUUAUAUUUGAACCAGUAGCGUUAAAAAUCAGUAAGGUAGUGACUGUGAUGGUUUGGAAAGCAGUUUUAUAACAUGUAAAUGGUAAAAUAUUCAGUUGAAGUCAUUCAUUACAGAGUCGUGUAUUAAAGGACCAAGGCUUUGUUUUUAUAAGCCAGCAUGUGCAGGUUGUCUUACAAAUGGACUAUGUUUACUGAAUGGUUUACUCUGGCCACUACAUUGAAACUUGGUCAAUAAAAAUAAUGUUUGUCCAAUUU